AUGGACGUUUCGUCAAUCAUUGCUACGUUGAGAACGGGCUCGGCUGGCAAUUCAGCUGAGUUGACCUUGGAUCCAAAUCUCAAGUACUGGGUUCUUUUCCCAAUUUCAAUAGUGAUGAUAUUGGUUGGUGUUUGCCGUCAAUACAUCAUGGUUCUUUUGGGGUUGAAAACUAAGGUUGUGUCGAGAAAGAGAAUCACAGAAAUCCAGUACAUCAAUAAGGCCCAGGCUUUACUAGGCAACGGUACAAAUUUGUCUGCCGAAUCUUUUAAAAUCAGGCAAGAGUAUCUGGCUAGCGUGCUAGCAGAAGGCAAGUUUUUGGUGCAGCAAGAGCAAUCUGAGACACCGCCUAAUCCUCUUGCAGAUCCUAAUACAUCCGAUGCCAUGAUGGGCAUGGUCACUUCCAACCUUGCCAAUUACGUACCACAGACACUCAUCAUGUGGUGGGUAAACUACUUUUUCGCUGGCUUCCUGCUCAUGAAACUGCCCUUUCCGCUGACGAUCAAGUUCAAGGAAAUGCUUCAAAAUGGAAUUAUGACUCCAGAUUUAGAUGCUCGUUGGGUUAGCAGCAUUUCAUGGUAUUUUAUAUCAACCUUGGGACUAAACCCAGUAAACAACCUGCUUUUUGGUAAUAGCUCAAGUGCAAAUGAGAUCACAGGUGCUGCCCAGCAACAGCAACAGCUCAACUCAAUGCCUGGGGGCCCGAGUCCCGAGGCGUUGACCAAAGGGUUAUCCAACGAUAUCACAAUUUUCCAGCAUGAAUCUUGCUUUGACUCAAUUGAGGAGAGAGUCUUGAAACUGUAUGCAAAAUAA